GGGGGGGAGGGGGAUAGAAUUCCUGAAAGAGGGAGUUCUUUGCUACGUUGACCACCACUUUGCUACGGAGCACUGCCGCCUCGAUUCCGCUCACGCCGUUGAGCGCUGGCGUUGCAUAGUUAGGAGGGUGGUGGGAAUUCUUGCUGCUGCGGUGCUUUGGGUUAGUGGGUUUUGGCGAUUAGGGUUUGGUGUGUUAGGGUUUGAGAGAGGGCAUGGAGAGUUGCAUGUGCGACCGAACGAGGAUGGAGAGAAUGGUGCUGUAGUUGGUCUGCGUGGGAGUGCGUGGUGGGGUUUGAUGUUGUUGCGGGCGUUUCGAAGGUGGAGGCAAGUGGAGUUAUUAUGCGUUUACUAAUGAGGUAGUUCGUAUCAAUCCAAGGGGAGCUGAGGGUGUCCGGCUCUUGUUUAUGGGUUUGAUCGUGCCAGAACUGAUGGCGGAUUCGGAAGACGUGAGGAAGGCGGCGCCUGAGGUGGAGAGCUUCGCCGUGGAGUCGUGGGAGAUGGUGGAUUUGAAGGUGAACAUGAAGAAGUUGCUGUCGACUUCCCAAGUUGCUUCAUCUCAAGUUUCUGCGGAGGCUUGCAUCGCCAGUGAGAGUAAUGGAUUGACUACGGAGCUGUUGCCUUUCCGAACUGAUUCCAUAGACGCUGCCAGUGGCCCUGACCAAGUGGAUGGCUUCCUAAAGGAAGCUCUUCAGAACCCUCGAGAUCGUCUCACAAUUCUAAGGUUGGAACAAGAGGUUGAGCGAUUCAUUCGUAAUCCCAGCUUGCAGAUCCUUGAGUUCCAGCCUAUGCCGUCGUCAUAUCUUCGAUUGGCUGCACAUCGUGUGGCUCAGCACUAUAACCUCCAAUCAAUGGUAGUUGAUGGAGGUUCCGCUGAAGGGACGCGGAUUGUCGCCAAAAAGACAAGUGAAACACGCUUUCCGAGUCUCCGCCUUGUUGAUAUACCUGUUGUUCCCCUAGCAGGUGAUCAAGAAGAGAAGGUAGUGGUGGCACCUGCCGUGCCUUCUAAGGUCGCCAUCAAGCAGAGACCAUUGAAGGGGGGUCGCAGUAAUGGGUUUGGGCCAGGUGGGAGCUCCGGCAAGCUGAACCCGUCGAAGAGCGUUGAGGAAAGAAAAGAAGAGUAUAACAAGGCACGUGCACGCAUCUUCUGUUGCGAAUUGACAGGAAAAAGUGGCGAAGAGGAGCCUGAGCCAGAGAAUGGUUUCGGAGUGGCUAGCUACAGUGCCGAUGCCCCUCGACAUGGAGAAUUCGUUCAGGAGGACAGCGCUAAGAAGUCUAGAGUUAUCACAUCAAAAAGUGCUUCUGUAUCUCCACCCAAAAGAGAUUCCGUAUCUCCACCCAAUGGUACCCUCAAAGAUAAUAGAGAAAAGGACUCUUCUGGUAGGGGAAAGUUGGUGAGUUGUAAUAGCUUGGGCAGUAUCGGAAACGGUGGGAGUCGAGUAGCCAUAUUUCGUGACCGAGAGAAAGACAGGAGGGAUCCUGAUUAUGACCGGAGCACUGCAAGGUAUGCACAGCGGUUUGAUCCUGGAUUUGGUGUCAGUAUGGGACCGUAUGGGGGCCAAGCAUUGUAUGCACCAGUGGUGAACUACAAUACUGAAUUCCCGCAGCUAGGGGUUCCUCCAAGGGGCCAGUUGCACAUGGAUUCCCCCCAACCUCAAUCCCUUGGCCCACAACAUCUUCGAGCACCCUGGGUACCACCUGUUAAUGCUAUGGGGUAUCGAUCUUCUGAUUCAAUGAUUGGGCCUUACAAUCCCGCUCAAAUGGCUCCGAUGGCUAUGUACAUGCGAGCUCCCCAGUUUGCCUACCCUGGGCACGCCAUGAGCUACAUGCAGCAUCCAGAUCAUUUCCAGCAAACUCAGCAACUACAUACACAGCAGCAGCGUGACACAAGUGUCAAUCAGGCCCGGCGCCGUUGAGCGCCGGACGCAGCCUGCCCCUGCCACCCUAAUGUACAACCCCAUCCAGUGGUGAUAAUAGCCGGAUAAAAGGUUGGCACAUCUGCGGAUUAAAGUAAUAUCUUGAAGGGUGGCAGGGAAGGCGCAGGCAAGCACUAGGGGUAGUAGAGUUAGCGAUGCACUAGGUAGUUGUAGACACAUAAUCUGGCCCAGAAUUCUUGCAUGAUUCAUUCCGGAAGGUUUGCCUUCGACCACGACAAUAUACUGAAGAUCAAGGAAUGUUGUUAGAGUGCAGCUGGCGAACUGUGCUAGGUUUAGGUGCCACAUUGCACAUUUUAUGCGCCAAUGGGUAGCAAUAUCAAUCGUGUCCUACUUCUACUUAGAUUACCCCUAGUGCCAUGUGUUAGUAUUUGUAGGAAAGCUGAUAUACGCAAGGUGGAGACAUUUGAAGGCGAGACGACUCUGGUUUUCUGAAAUUUGACUUGAACAGGCUUUGUGGGCCGUGCAAGCAAGAUAUCUUAAGUCCCUUUUUUGGUUGCAGCAAGAAAGCUCGAGCAAUCUGCUUGCAUACUGCAGUCCAAUUUGAUGACUCCAUCCGUGAUAUGCAUUACUUCGGGAGUCAUUAACUACAAACUUCAAGCGGAUCAGGCUUCGAAGUGAUUACUCUUUUAAAAUGUGGAAUGGAGAUUGAUUGAUGCUAACGAUGACUGUCAGGCCCGGACAUUCAUGCGGAGAAGACGAUCGUAGUCAUUCGUUGACACACCUACAGGCAACAAUGUUGUAUUAAGCAACGUAAGUCUGCUGUCAUCUAGGAUGAGUACUCCUUGGGCUACCUCGUAGUCUUCCUUCAUUGCGCCUCUCAUAUUUCUGCUGAAGGUGAAGACGUUUGUGCUCCAAAUAUCUUCUUUCUCAAGGAUGUACGAAGGCGUUCUGAGAUCAGUGCUUGUAUUGACUAUGCAACGUUGCCUUGCUUAAAUAGUGUGCGGUAGGGAAAUUAUUUUCAUAGUAUCUAUGUGGAUUUGGAAUUAUUUGUAAUAUUUUAUUUUGUUUCUAUAUAUUUGCAAUGAAACGUACAACAGUUUGUGUAA